AUGUCUGAAAUUCACACUCGUGGCCGGGGUUCGGCCCGUGGUGGCAGGGGUGGUCACAACUUCAGAGGCGGUCGCGGUGGAGCCAGAGUAUCAAAGUCAGCAAACCAGGACACUGCUGGAUCGCCAUCAUUUGAAGAAGAGGGAGAGCUGGGCCAGCUGAAGAAGAAGUACUCGAGCCAGCUGCCUAUGAUAAAGGAACUGUUUCCCGACUGGACAGACGAGGAUAUUGUGUCUGCCUUGGAGGAUGCCGAUGGAGUUCUUGAGAUCGCUAUUGAACGCAUUUCUGAAGGCAAUGUCUCACAGUGGGGUGAGGUGAAGAAGAAGCAUGCCGACAGGCCACGUCCCAAGGCAAAGGAAGCGCAAUCCAUUCCAACUGAGACAACAGCUUCUCAAUCUCGUGGCGCCCGUCCUCGCGGAGGAUUCGAGGGCCGUGGACGUGCUCGUGGAGAUCGUGGACGUGGAGGCCGUGGUGGCAGAGCUGCUCAUGUUAACGGUUCUCGGCCCGACAAGCCUACCACUCAAGCAUCUGUACCUUCGGAAACCGCACAAGUCCCACCGGAUUCCUGGGCUGUGGAUGGGGAUGCAAAGGAGGCUGCCGAUAAAGCUGCUCAAGACGUUGCGAAACCGACAGCAGAGCAACCACAGAAGACCAGCUUGAUCCCCGAAGGAACAAAGAAAGGAUGGGCCAGUUUGUUUGCAAAACCAACUCCGCCUCCUCAAAAGAAACCACCGCCGUCAGCUCCCGCUGCUCCUGUUCCAGAGAAAGGGCCCGAAAGCGUUGCGCCAGAGCAGCCCACUGACCAACACCCCUCAGAGCCAGAUGGAACCCAUGUUGAGGAGACUCCGCAGGUAUCAGAGGUGGCAGCUUCAGAGAUGCAGUUACCCGCCACCUCUAAUGAGCCAAAGGAGGAUGCUGCCACAUCUAUACAAGAGGAAACCCAAACUGAGCCGCAGCCAACACCGGUGACGGCAGAUGCUAGUGUGAGCACGACCGAUGAUCAAUCGCAACAACAGCACCAGUCGCUAGUGCAGGAACAGCCGCCACGCCCUGCCGUGCCAUAUACUCCUACGCCUGCUUACAAAACAACCCCGGGUCGCUCACAUUUCCAGCGCCGUCUCUUGGACCAACAAGAAGCAGUUGUCAUGCCUGGCAAUCACGCUGUUGAUCGUGCUGCCGUCCAGUUUGGCAGCAUGGGAUUAAACGGAUCAACGGAAGAAGUUGAUAUUGACGAGCAGAGAGAAGAACCUGAAACUCGCCCUCAGCCCCCCCAACACUCCCCUAUCGCCCCUCGAGCAUCUCUCCCUCCUUCGGCGCGCGCUCCGGUUCCUGGUGAAACCGUUGCACCCACCCCACGAGCCGCUCCCGGCCUCCCUCCUGUUCCUCCCACCACUACUGCCGAAACCUCCUUCAACGACUUUAGCCGAUAUGGAGAGGCUCAGAAGCCCCCACCGUCACCACAGGCGCUGACUAUUCUGCGUUCUACGGCGCUGAACCAGUCCCGCAACCCUUACUACUACGGUGGUUAUGCCCAGCCACAAGACGUUGGUGCCCAACGAACUGCCGCUGGAUUUAGUGCUACAGGAACUGAAGCCCAGACUCAGCCUCCAUCCACCCAGGCUCCUGCCCGCUACGGCCACGUUGAAACUACUAAUAGUGGUCAAAACACACCUAAUCCUACAUUGCCUGGCCAAGCACAACCAAACCAGCCCACUCAUAUGCCCCAAGCUCAAGGCCAUGGUGCUUUUAACUACGGCUAUCCUUAUUAUUCCAACCCUCAUUAUCCCAAUACAUACAUUAGUCAGAUGGGCCAGCAACAUCAAUAUGGAAGAAAUCGCCCGAUGUAUGAUGAUGUUCGACGGUAUGAGGAGCAUUAUCUGCCCCAUAGCAAUCAGUUUGGGUAUGGCAGCCAGUAUGCUCCUUAUGGCAAGGGCGGAAUGUAUGGGCAGCCCCAGCACGCUUUCUCCUACGAACACUCCUCAACCCCCGCCAACACCGGCGCCUUCACCCAAGGCGUGCCAGCUCGUGACCCUGGCUACGGCCGCACGGGAUCUACCCAGCCAACAGAAGGCCAACAAUCGACCGGCAGCAACGCCUUUGGCGGUAUUUCUGAUGUAUUCGGGCGCACCCAGUUUGGCCAGAACCAGCCCGUAGCUCCUCAACAGCCGGGUAGCGGUGAAGAGACCUCCAAGGCAUUUGAGGCGUCUAAGGCCGGUGGUCCAAGUCCUUCUGUCUCACAAGCCAACCGUCCAGGAUCGGCGGCGAAUAAUGUGCCAAGUCAACCUGCUGCGAGCCAGGUCGGCCUGCCACCUGUACCAGCUCAACAAGGAAGUCAGCAGGCGUUUGGAAAUUAUCCUCACCUUAACCCUCAAUAUGGAGGUCUUGGUGGACUGGGUACGCACCACCAGACUGGAGCUUCUCAGACUCAUCACCAGGGUGGAGGCUAUGGAAAUUACGGCGCCGGUUUCGGUAGCAACUACUACGGGAACACUGGUCGUGGUGGUGGAUGGGGUGGAAACUAUGGGCACUAG